AUGGAGCGACCGGAUGCCGAUCGCCCCAUCUCUGGUUCGGAUGAACUGUUAUCAGUCCAGGUCUACUUGUUUCUAAUGAAGGGUGCUUUCGCAAGCAGUGCUCCCAACAUCGACGCAAAGCAGAAAUCAGAACUUUAUUCCAUUAUGCACAACGUCAUGAAGGCCUCUACUUGUGAUUUCCACAAAAAGCUUUACGAUUGCGAUGCAAAACUUUUGACGACUAAAAAGAAACACAUCGAAUCGCUGACCAAUGUGGGAGGUGAAGUUGCUACCAGAGCCCAAUUUGCAAGGUCAAAAAGCCAAACAAUGAAAAAUCAACUCGUGACGGUGAAACUGGAAACCAUUCGAGCAAACGGCCUGAUUUUGAGAGCUAAGGAAAUAUUGUUACUGAAGCAACGUGCCUUUGAGAAAAAGAAAAUUGAAAUCGAGUUCGAGAAGAAGAAAAAAGAUCUGGAGUUCGAAAAACUGAAGUCAGGUGUUUCAUUUAAUGCUGUUUUUACUGCCAUCCAAUAUGCUAUGUCUGAUCUGUAA